AUGGAAGUUGCCGCUGCGAUGGUCAGUUUCGUCGGCCUAGUAGGCACUGUUGCGCAAGGCCAGAAGUUCCUGUAUGACUUCACGACCAACAUGAAGGACUGCCCGAAGGAUAUUCACGAGAUGAAGACCGACAUUGAAUUAGUAGAAGCCUUGAUCACGCAAGUAGUUCAACAAUCUAACGAGCGUGAUGGGCGACUUCGAGAAAGCGCAGUAUUGGCACGCGCAAUUGGCCACGCUCAGGAAAGCGUCAAAGAUCUCAAGAAGGAGCUGGCUAUGUAUCCUUCGAAUGGAAAACAUAGGCGAUUCAGGUUUGCGACCAAACUCAGUCAAACAAAAAAGCUUAGGGCAAGCUUGGAUAGGAGUAAGACCAUCAUGUUGGAUUUGAAGACUCAGCUGCACAGCGACCUAUUAUAUGAGAUCCGUGACAUGAAUCAAGAGGUUCUCAGAUCAAUAGAAAACACAAGCGGAAAUCUAGAAACACAUGAUAGAAACUCUCACAAGGUCACGCAAAAAUCUAUGGUCCAAGAAGAAACCACAGAUAAUUCUAGAGGCAAAGCAGAGGCUUUGGUUCCGCCAGCAAGCGACACUUCAUCUGAAGGUCUGACAAAUGUUGAAAUUGCCGCGAAGAAUCUCGAGCACACCACGGGCUUGUUGAUGGAAACAGGGAUCUCAUCUUCACCAGCUUUGUUACCAUCAACGCCUGCAUUGUCACGCGAAGUCAGCGAUAUCUCUGUUAUAAGCUCGUCCCAGGAAACGACAGCCAGCAGCAUCUCGAGCUCGCAAAGUAUUCCACCGUCAGUAUCCCAGGAUGCUCAAAAAGCGAACAUCGCCUCAAAACACCCCCUUCUACAGUUCAAGGACAAUCAGUUCCAAUUCUUGGUUGCGAUCAUCUUCACCCAGCGCGCCACUAAACAAAAAAAUCUCGCUUGUCAACAUGUAGUAACCACAGAUACGACACUGUUGGAAUAUAUGGAGCAUCUGAAGAAAAAAAAAUGA